GGUCAGGCGGCAGCGAGCGCGAGGAGAAUGGUGGGUUGCCAGGUUGAGAGCUGAGAGCGCCGCUGGAGCCCGGGGUCGCGUUUCUCCUUAGAGCGGAAUAUAAAGCAAAAUGUACGGCUUCGUCAACCACGCUCUAGAGCUCCUGGUGCUGAGAAACUAUGGCCCAGAGGUGUGGGAAGAUAUCAAGCGUGAGGCGCAGGUGGAUGUUGAAGGACAGUUCCUGGUCAGAAUCAUCUAUGAGGAUGGAAAAACGUACGACCUCGUUUCGGCCGCCAGUAAAGUGCUCAAAAUGGAUGCUGGCGAUAUUCUGCAGAUGUUUGGAAAGAUGUUCUUUGAGUUCUGUCAGGAGUCCGGCUACGACACCAUCCUGCGAGUUCUGGGCUCCAACGUUCGGGAAUUCUUACAGAAUCUGGAUGCCCUGCAUGAUCACCUGGGCACCAUCUACCCGGGCAUGAGGGCUCCCUCGUUCCGCUGCACCGACGCUGAGAAAGGGAACAACCUCAUCCUGCACUAUUACUCCGAGAGAGAGGGUCUGCAGGACAUAGUCAUCGGCAUCAUUAAAACUGUCGCCCAGCAGAUCCACGGAACCGAGAUCGAAAUGAAGGUCAUUCAGCAGAAGAGCGAGGAGUGUGACCACAUUAAGUUCCUGAUUGAGGAGAAGGACUCGGAGGAGGAGGCGUUCUACGAGGAUCUGGACGGCUUUGAGGAGAACGGCACUCAGGAGACCCGGAUCAGCCCAUACACCUUCUGCAAGGCCUUCCCUUUCCACCUCAUGUUCGACAAGGACCUCAUGCUCACCCAGUGUGGAAACGCCAUCUUCAGAGUCCUCCCACAGCUCCAGCCUGGUGUGUGUAAUCUGUCCUCUGUGUUCUCCUUGGUGCGGCCUCACAUCGACUUCAGUUUCCAUGGCAUCCUGUCCCACAUCAACACGGUGUUUGUGCUGAGGAGUAAGGAGGGUCUGCUGAACGUGGAGAUGGCGGAGUGUGAGGAUGAGCUGACUGGAACAGAGAUUAGCUGCCUGAGAUUGAAAGGCCAGAUGAUUUCCCUCCCAGAGACCGAAAACAUCCUCUUCCUCUGCUCACCCAGCGUGAUGAACCUGGACGACCUGACGCGCCGGGGUCUGUACCUCAGCGACAUCCCGCUCCACGACGCUACACGUGACCUGGUGCUGCUGGGAGAACAGUUCAGAGAGGAGUACAAGCUCACCCAGGAGCUGGAGAUCCUCACCGACCGUCUGCAGCACACCCUCAGAGCCCUGGAGGACGAGAAGAAGAAGACUGACAGGUUGCUUUAUUCAGUUCUUCCACCAUCCGUGGCGAACGAACUGAGACACAAGCGUCCAGUUCCGGCAAAGCGCUACGAUAACGUGACCAUCCUCUUCAGCGGCAUCGUGGGAUUCAACGCAUUCUGCAGUAAACACGCCUCCGCAGAGGGAGCCAUAAAGAUCGUCAACCUGCUGAACGACAUCUACACCAAGUUCGACAUCCUCACCGACUCCCGCAAGAACCCUUACGUCUACAAGGUGGAGACGGUUGGUGAUAAGUACAUGACAGUGAGCGGGCUACCGGAACCGUGCACCCACCACGCCCAGUCCAUCUGCCACCUGGCCCUGGAUAUGAUGGAGAUCGCUGGACAGGUGAAGGUGGACGAGGAACCUGUGCAGAUCACCAUCGGGAUCCACACCGGGGAGGUGGUGACCGGGGUCAUAGGUCAGAGGAUGCCCCGCUACUGUCUGUUCGGCAACACGGUCAACCUGACGAGCCGCACAGAGACCACCGGAGAGAAAGGGAAGAUAAACGUGUCCGAGUACACCUACAGGUGUCUGCAGUCGGUGGAGAACGCGGACCCCCAGUUUAAUCUGGAGUACAGGGGUCCUAUCACCAUGAAGGGCAAGAAGGAGCCAAUGAAAGUUUGGUUCCUCUCCCGGAAAACUCUCCCUUAAAGCAGCUGGGGGUCCACAGGGGGCACCGUUUCAUUCCGUUUCCUUUACUACAGGUCGUCUGUAUAAGCUGUUGGGUGCAGUAUUUAAUGUACAGUCAGUAAUUACAGUAAUUACACUGAAUUAUGAGCAUUUCUGCUCUUCUCUCAACCUUUAUUUACAGUAUUAAUAUUUACAGCAGCUACCGGUUCUACAAUACAAGUGACUUAACCUAUUAUUAUUAUUAUUAUUAUUAUUGCCACUACUAGCAUUAGUAUCACUAUUAUCAGUAGUAGUUGUCUUAACACUGUUUUACUAUUAUCACUACCACUCACUAUUAUUAAUAUUAUUAUUUUAUUAGUAUUUUUUAUGGCCUGUCACGAUUACUAAUUUUUAAACUAUAAUUUAUAUUAUCAGUUUAAGUGAAUUGUGUGAAAUAUGCUGAUAUGAGGAUAAUAAAAUAAUGAAUAAAUAAUAAUAUUUUUUGUUUUAAGCUGAUCAUGCAGAGAAGAAGCCAUAUAUCAGCAUAUAUCAUAUAUCAGUCUUCUCUGAGCUAAAACUUGACAGAUAAAUUUUUUUUUACAGAUUUUGAUUAAUCUGAGUUCAGUUUUUUAUUCUGUUUCAUUUUAAAAUGAGUUUUAGCCCAGAAAAAAAUGUUUCUUUUUGUUUGUAUUAUUUUACAUUUAUAUUUUACACAGCGUCCUGACUUUUUAGGAUUUGGGUGUGUACAAUAACUAAUGAGCCUGUAUUUAGUGCCACACAUUUAUUUUCAGCUUUUCAGCAAAAAAAUUGUUCUUACUGUUUGACUGUAUUAUCAAAUUGAAGACCUGUAAAACUAAGCUAUUUCUUCUUUAUUUCUAUUUUAAUUUUUUCACUGAAAUUUUAGAACCAAAAAUUAGAAUCGGCCCAUUUUCCUUUGUUUAAUCAAGAUUUUCAUAAUAAUCUAAAAGGUACACAAUUUAACAAUUUGACCCAUUUAAUCCUAAAAGAACAGUCAGUGUGUUUAAUUGUAAGGGAUGAAGAGAUUUUGGUGUAGAGAUGAAUUUAGAUUUUAAGAAUUGUUGGAUCAUAAAAGCACAGAAUUAUUGUGAUAUAAAUGGAGAUGAAAGGGGAAAUGUGAAAUCUAUCAGCUGUUUAAUACAUUUAUAUUCACACAGUAUUUUAUUACAGAAUAAUAAAUCUGCAGUAUUUAAGAGUAGAAGACUGGAGUCAGUACUGCACGUUCUCUAUACCGCGGCUCUUAUUAAUAUACACUUAUUAAUAUAGUUAUUAAUUAUUAUAAUGCUGAGAGUGUUUAUCACACAGUGCUUAGAGUCAUACACUCUGUGUUUUUAUCACAUUUUAUAUUGUUGAUUUGCACCAUGUGUUUGUUUUAUGUUCUAUAUAAAAUUUAUAUUUUAAAAACACUUUAUGCUUCAUAUCUGAUUUAUUAACUCGUUUGUAUUUUGGAUUGUAUUUUAUUCCCUGUAUAAAGUCUCACCUUCUUAGUAAAGUCUGGUGGAAUACAUUUUUAUAGAGGGUAUUUUAUUAGAAUCAGCUUUAGAAUUAGUAGUGAAUGUCUCCAUCUUGUGGUUGGACUGAUGAAUUGCACAUUAUCCACUUUUAGCGGUAGUUCUUUAUACUGUAUCAGAGGUUUAUGUUGAAUGGAUCAAUAGAAAUGCUCCAAAAUUACAUAUGUAUUUUUACAUUGACUCCCAUUAAAAGUUGAGAAGACUUUUG